AUGAGUUUAUUAAUCACACGAUUCGUAUCGGCGGUGGUGUUGUUUGCGCUGACACUUGUUGUGGGAACGGUUCCGGUGUUGUGGUACCAAUCGUGGCUCCGACGCAAACGUCACCAUCGGAUCCGCGACAAUGAGAUGACCGCCGAGACCAGCCUUUCGGACAAUUUCUACGUCCAGAUCGUGACCCAAAUGGGCGGAGGAAUACUGUUCUUCACGGUCUUCGUCCAUAUGAUACCAGACGUGAGGAAUAACUUUGAGAUAUACCUCAAGAGUAAUCACUCGGUAUUCAACGACAACUCCGACGGCAACUCCGGCCCCAAAAGCAUCGAAGAUCUGAGUCUUCCGUAUCUGGAAAUUGCCAUUUGUUUCGGUUUUUUCGCCAUUUAUUUGACCGAAGUUUUGAUGCAUUCACUGCUCGACCGAAGAAGAAUCAGUUACCGGACGGGAAGUGUUAAAGAGUGCGACGAAAGGACACCAAUACUGAACAGAGAGCACCGACGGAGUCGGCGGUCGCCCAGCAGUCAUAGUGCGGACAACGACUCGAUUGUCAUUGUUAUUGAUCACAGAAGUGAGUAA